CCUUAAAAAGAAAGGAAAUUCUUUACGUUCCCACCCCCUUAUCCCCCUGCCUCCCAGGAGCAGUGGAGCUGGCCCGGCGCCACCCCAUGGCAUCCUGGCUGUGUGCCAUGCUGCACUGCUUCGGGAGUUACAUCCUGGCUGAUCUGCUCCUCGGGGAGCCCCUGAUCGACUACUUCAGCAACAACUCCAGCGUCCUGCUGGCCUCCGCUGUCUGGUACCUGAUUUUCUUCUGUCCCCUGGACCUCUUUUACAAGUGUGUCUGCUUCCUGCCUGUGAAACUCAUCUUUGUGGCCAUGAAGGAGGUGGUGAGAGUCCGAAAGAUCGCCGUGGGCAUCCACCACGCGCAUCACCACUACCACCACGGGUGGUUUGUCAUGAUUGCCACUGGCUGGGUCAAAGGCUCUGGUGUUGCCCUCAUGUCCAACUUUGAGCAGCUGCUCCGAGGGGUCUGGAAGCCAGAGGCCAACGAGAUCAUGCACAUGUCCUUGUGAGUACCCCGUCCUCCCCGUCUGUUCCUCCUGUGCCCCCUGGACCUGACCCUGGAUUGGAUACUUCUGGUAACUUGGAGGUCCAGCCCCUGAUUCUGCCUUCCAGAAGCUUCCAGAGGACAUGUCUGGGGGAACCCAGAGAGGGAAGCACAACUCUGCCUAGGGCACAGGGGCAGGCAGAGAUGCGGGGAAGUCAGAUACUUGAUUUGGGUUUUGAAGAGUGAAUAGGAGUUUUCUGGCAAAGAAGGAGCCUCUGAUUCAGAAGGCCAUCACUUCUGCCAAGUCAGAAAAGCAACAACA